AAACAGGAGGAAGAUAGUUCUAACUACAAUCUCUCAUCAGUCUUUAAAGGGAAAAAGUAUUGACUUAACCAUCAAAAACCUGCAUGUCUCUUAAAAAGUGUAAACAAAAAGUUCACUAAAUACCAAGCCAUUUAUGGAUAUGAGGUGAAAUAACUGUUUUGAUAUGUGCUCCUCAGUGUUUUUCAAAGCUGUGGACCUGCUUUGUAUCAACCCUGUAUGCGUAAAUCAGAGGACAAGUAAAUACCUUCUCUUCAGAGGGUAACUCUCUGAGCAUCUAAACUUUUACCAAAUGAAGAUGAGUGUCAGAGUUAAUGGCAAGGUCAGGAAAGAAAAAGCAGAUUUGUUUAAUCUUGAAAAUAUUGUCAUUUCAAAACACAGGCUUAACAAAACUGGACAAAAACAAUCAAACGAGUAUUGAUUCCAACUGCAAGAGGUCGUGGUCAGAUUUUGGCAGAAGUAGGGAGUGACGGUGUAAUGGUAUAUGGAUUCUUAGCACAAUUUGUUACUCGUUUAAACGCCACGGCCUACUUGAGUGUUGUUGCUGCUCCAUCCCUUUAUGAGGCUCAGUGCAUCCAUCUUCUGGGAAAGCUUUUUCUACUUUUUUUUGUUUUAUGAAGCUGACGAUUUCACUGUGCUGCUCUGAGCUAGAGCCAACAAAUCAGCAACAAGUGGAGAUCUAUCAAGUUAAUAUUGUGCAAAAAUUGUAAGGAAAAAAUAUUCCAACACAUUGUUGUUGAAUCUGUGCAACAAAACAUUAGCGUAAUUCUGAAGACAAAAGUUGAACCUACUGCUAGUGAUUUCUACCUAAUGAAGUGGCCACUGAGAGUUUACCUUCAAUAUGCCAGAAUCUUCAGUUUCUGAUAAAACUGUUGUGUUUUGUCUGAUCUGCGAAGUUUAUGAACAAAUCAACAGCAAAAGUGGUGGUCCAAUUUUUCUUUCUAAAUAAUUCCCUUCAUAAGAUAACUGCAAGCUCUUCUUACAUAAGGGAAUGUUGACAGCAAGUUUGUAAAGUAAAAUAUUAACUCCCUUCACCUGUAAUCUUGCAGUGGGUGGUUUCACCAAAUGUCAAAGGUCGUACUCGCUUGACAGAGAUUGAAAAGAUUGGUGAAUUUCUCAGUAUACAGGCAUGGGAGCUUGAGGAGUUCAUCUACUUGUUUUAUUGAUCUUGCAUGAAGACCCACCGCACUGGAGAAAGACGCAACAAUGAAGUUUGAGAAUGUUCUUGCUGAUAUUAAUGGAUUUGGAAAAUUCCAGAAAAUGAUCAUUGCAAUCAACUUCUUGGGUCGCUUCACGCUUCCUUGCCACUUUGUGCUGAAUAAUUUUAUCGCAGCAAUACCAGCUCACCACUGUGACAUCAGCUCGUUAGAUGAUUUUCUGAAUUUAUCUCAGGCAGAAAGAAUUACUGUGAGUAUCCCGGUCGAGACAGAUGGGAGUCCCAGCUCCUGUAGGAUGUUUGCGAAGCCUCAGUAUCACCUGUUGCUCAACUCUUCUGAUGCUACUGAUGCGUCCACUGUGCCAUGCCAGGAUGGAUGGGUGUACGACAACACAACCUUCAAAUCAACAAUAACCUCAGAGUGGGACCUUGUGUGUGACAGAAGAGCGAAAAACAAAGCAACAGCCACCAUCUUCUUUGUUGGAGUAAUGUUUGGAGCCAUAGCCUUUGGAAGUCUAAGUGACAGGUUUGGCCGCAGGAUCAUGCUCCUGGUGUCAUAUGUAUCUGGCAUGCUGUUUGCUGUAGCAAGCGCCUUUUCUACGACCUACGUGAUGUUUGCAGUGUUGAGGUUCUUCACUGGGUUCUGCAUCACUGGCAUUGUCAUCGUCUCAUCCGCUCUCUGUGUGGAGUGGGUGGACAUUGAGCACAGAAAACUGGUUGGAGUCAUCGAUAGUUUAUCCUGGACAUUUGGCAGCACAGUAUUUGCAGCAAUUGCUUACUUUGUGACUGACUGGCGUUGGCUCAUUCUAAGUGUUACGUCGCCAUUAAUCUUGGCCAUCAUCACUUGGAGGUGGAUGCCUGACUCAGCGAGGUGGCUCAUUGCCAAUGGAAAACUGGAGCAGGCUCAGACAUACUUGAAGAGAUGUGCCAAGAUAAAUCAAAGAGAAGAUUUCAUUCACACACUAAAUGAAGAGACCUUAUCCACGAUUGUAGACAAGGAGGCAAGAGGACGAACUUAUACGUACCUCGACUUGGUUCGAACACCUAAGAUGAGGAAAAUAGCUCUGAAAACUGGCCUCUUAUGGCUUUGUAUUGCUACAACAUUUUACGGCAUCAGCUUCAACAUCGCGGGCUUUGGCUUGAAUAUCUACCUUACUCAAUUUACCUAUGCUAUAAUUGAGUUGCCAGCCAAGCUAUCAGUUUACUAUUUGCUGGAUAAAAUCGGCAGGCGCAGCACUGAGGUGGGAGCUUUGUUGUUAUCUGCGCUCUGUCUUGGAAUCAACAUUGUGAUGCCAAAAGAUAUGUCUGCGGCCAGAACAGCUGUUGCCGUUAUUGGCAAGGGGUUUUCUUCAGCUUCCUUUGGAACGGUUACGCUGUACAGUUCAGAGCUGUAUCCAACUGUGGUUAGGCAAAAUGGAAUGGGCUAUAACUCCUUCAUGGGUCGGUUUGGUGUUGCUGUGUCUCCUCUGAUCCUGUUACUAGAUGAGGUUUGGAAGGAUCUUCCGCAGGUGGUCUUGUGCUCAACAGCUAUACUGGGAGGACUGGUGGCAAGGACUUUGGCAGAGACACGCAACAGGUGUCUGCCAGAGACGAUUGAAGACGUUGAAGAAACGCAGUUUAACACGAAUCAGAAAGCGUAAAUAUUUUCAUGGAAAAUGCAAACUUAAUUUUGACAGAUUGAUUUGUGGAAAUUUGUAUGCAAUUGAAAGUUGAUGUUUUAUUAUGAAAAGUUGACAUUUUAAGAUUAAAAGCAGGUUUUGCUUGGUAAAGCAGAUGAUGCCAGCUAAUAAAGGAGCCUGAGUCUCAGUUCAC